CGCCCUCAUUACACUGAGAUAUUUCAAAGGAAGAGGUCCUAUGAUGCAGUGACAAGAGGUUAAUAUUGUGUGUAAUAUUUAAGGUUAAUAUUGUGUGUAAUAUUUAAAAAACAAGUUAUUAACAAAGAAAGACAUUCAAUAAGCAGUUAUUUAAAAAAGAUCAAGAUGCAGAUUUUUGUGAAAACCUUAACUGGCAAAACGAUCACUUUGGAAGUUGAACCCUCCGACACGAUCGAGAAUGUUAAAGCUAAAAUCCAGGACAAGGAAGGAAUUCCCCCAGACCAGCAGAGACUUAUCUUUGCUGGCAAGCAGUUAGAAGAUGGACGCACCCUGUCUGAUUACAACAUUCAAAAGGAGUCAACCUUGCACUUGGUACUUCGCCUCAGAGGAGGGAUGCAAAUCUUUGUAAAAACAUUAACUGGUAAAACUAUCACUUUGGAAGUUGAACCCUCUGAUACAAUUGAGAAUGUCAAAGCUAAGAUCCAGGACAAGGAAGGAAUUCCCCCAGACCAGCAGAGACUUAUCUUUGCCGGCAAACAGUUAGAAGAUGGACGCACACUGUCUGAUUACAACAUUCAAAAGGAGUCAACCCUGCACUUGGUACUAAGAUUGAGAGGAGGGAUGCAAAUCUUUGUAAAAACAUUAACUGGUAAAACUAUCACUUUGGAAGUUGAACCCUCUGAUACAAUUGAGAAUGUCAAAGCUAAGAUCCAGGACAAGGAAGGAAUUCCCCCCGACCAGCAGAGACUUAUCUUUGCCGGCAAACAGUUAGAAGAUGGACGCACCCUGUCUGAUUACAACAUUCAAAAGGAGUCAACCCUGCACUUGGUACUAAGAUUGAGAGGAGGGAUGCAAAUCUUUGUAAAAACAUUAACUGGCAAAACUAUCACUUUGGAAGUUGAACCCUCUGAUAAUGAGAAUGUCAAAGCUAAGAUCCAGGACAAGGAAGGAAUUCCCCCCGACCAGCAGAGACUUAUCUUUGCCGGCAAACAGUUAGAAGAUGGACGCACCCUGUCUGAUUACAACAUUCAAAAGGAGUCAACCCUGCACUUGGUACUAAGAUUGAGAGGAGGGAUGCAAAUCUUUGUAAAAACAUUAACUGGCAAAACGAUCACUUUGGAAGUUGAACCCUCCGACACAAUUGAGAAUGUUAAAGCUAAGAUCCAGGACAAGGAAGGAAUUCCCCCAGACCAGCAGAGACUUAUCUUUGCCGGCAAACAGUUAGAAGAUGGACGCACCCUGUCUGAUUACAACAUUCAAAAGGAAUCAACCCUACACUUGGUACUUCGCCUCAGAGGAGGGAUGCAAAUCUUUGUAAAAACCUUAACUGGCAAAACUAUCACUUUGGAAGUUGAACCCUCUGACACGAUCGAGAAUGUUAAAGCUAAGAUCCAGGACAAGGAAGGAAUUCCCCCAGAUCAGCAGAGACUUAUCUUUGCCGGCAAGCAGUUAGAAGAUGGACGCACCCUGUCUGAUUACAACAUUCAAAAGGAAUCAACCCUGCACUUGGUACUAAGAUUGAGAGGAGGGAUGCAAAUCUUUGUAAAAACAUUAACUGGUAAAACUAUCACUUUGGAAGUUGAACCCUCUGAUACAAUUGAGAAUGUCAAAGCUAAGAUCCAGGACAAGGAAGGAAUUCCCCCCGACCAGCAGAGACUUAUCUUUGCCGGCAAACAGUUAGAAGAUGGACGCACCCUGUCUGAUUACAACAUUCAAAAGGAGUCAACCCUGCACUUGGUACUAAGAUUGAGAGGAGGGAUGCAAAUCUUUGUAAAAACAUUAACUGGCAAAACGAUCACUUUGGAAGUUGAACCCUCCGACACAAUUGAGAAUGUUAAAGCUAAGAUCCAGGACAAGGAAGGAAUUCCCCCAGACCAGCAGAGACUUAUCUUUGCCGGCAAACAGUUAGAAGAUGGACGCACCCUGUCUGAUUACAACAUUCAAAAGGAAUCAACCCUGCACUUGGUGCUAAGAUUGAGAGGAGGGAUGCAAAUCUUUGUAAAAACAUUAACUGGAAAAACGAUCACUUUGGAAGUUGAACCCUCCGACACGAUCGAGAAUGUUAAAGCUAAGAUCCAGGACAAGGAAGGAAUUCCCCCAGACCAGCAGAGACUUAUCUUUGCCGGCAAGCAGUUAGAAGAUGGACGCACCCUGUCUGAUUACAACAUUCAAAAGGAAUCAACCCUGCACUUGGUACUAAGAUUGAGAGGAGGGAUGCAAAUCUUUGUAAAAACAUUAACUGGAAAAACGAUCACUUUGGAAGUUGAACCCUCCGACACGAUCGAGAAUGUUAAAGCUAAGAUCCAGGACAAGGAAGGAAUUCCCCCAGACCAGCAGAGACUUAUCUUUGCCGGCAAGCAGUUAGAAGAUGGACGCACCCUUUCUGAUUAUAACAUUCAAAAGGAAUCAACCCUGCACUUAGUACUAAGAUUGCGAGGGGGAGUCUAAUGUCAAUAAUAUUACAAAUAAAUUAUUUAAAAUAAAACAACCAUUUCGUACUGAAAA